AUGACUCUUAUUCCCCUUGACUACUCUGUUCCUUUCGACAAGCGAACCUCAGAGUUUUAUAACGCAAGACAAGCCAUUGUUAAAAGAGGAGUAAAACAGCUCUUCACACAACCGGCUGAACCCAUCUCUCCUUUAAUGAUUCAAGCCCUGGUCGAUGAAGCAAACGAAACCCGGCACAAGAUGGAACUGGAUUUUCCAAUUAGGGCGGAGAGUAGAGCUGGUGGGCAACAAACAUCACCUCCCGUAAAGACAGACAGCCCAGCUCAACAGCCAACAGACGGGGCAUUGGAUGGCGGAGAACCGGUAGUUUCUGACCCCAGAAUAGAGUUGAAAGGGGAGGGGUUGGAAGCCUACAAUAACAUGAUGAUAACACAGGCAGUCGACCAGGUAGUCGAACGGGUAAUCUCAUCAGUUCAAGAGCAACCAGAACCAAAAGAGGCAACGCCGGCGAAGGCGACCACCCCACGGUAUAAACUAAGGCCAAAGACACUGGAGCCAUACGAUGGAGAUAUAAACGAGCAGACAGCUCGCGAUUGGAUUGAGAAAGCGGAGCGGAUCUUGACCAACCGUGAUUCCCAUCUAUCGACUCCAGGCACCACCGAUGGUUGGGCACCACACCUGGUAGGCUAUUUACGAUUCACAUCGUACGAGUGGGCAUGCCGCCGCUGGCCAGGAAAUUGUAAAUCGGCCCGCGGACGAACAUUGGCAUACUCUGAUUGCAUAAACUGGGAAGAGUUUAAGAGGGAAUUUGUUCUUCACCACCAUCCAGAGGAGGAUCUCAAGCGCCUCAAGCAGCAAUUCUUGGAUCUUCUGAUUGUUGACCGAUCUGUCAAGGAGUUUAAUGACCAAUAUAGAGAUCUUGUCAAAUUGAUCAACGCCGCUACGGGUGUACAGGACCUUACCGGUUCCCUGGUGGAGGGCCUGAGCGAGGAGACGAAAAGAGCAAGGAGAGCGUAUUUGGACCGGCCUCUAAUCGCCGUGUACAACAGAAAGUUGGACCUUUCAUUGGAGAUCGAAGUGGAACGCAGUAGAACCCAUCGCCCACUUUCAAGGCUUACGGAGAAAUGGGGGCGUAGGUGGCGCGAAUUAUCUGAACUGGUUCCCCCGUACUUUCCAACCUUGGAGGAGGUAAUGGAAUACUUGGAGAUCAUUGAUGACGUUGUCAACAGUCCCAAGACUAGGUCCAAUGCGGCGGGGGGGCCAAACGCCGGGAGGGCACGUGCUGCUGGAACAUGGCCGAAAUUGUAA